AGAUCAUUCUGAUAGGUGACAGGUCGUCAGCGGAACGUUUGAUAUGCACCUGUAAAACCGUUAAAGCGUGCAGGUGACAAGAUCAGAGAUAAAUCUCGGAUUUUUAGGGUGGGCGGACAGAGACUGAGAAGAAAACUCUAAGGUCAGAAAGAAAACAAAAAAUAUGAUACUUAGACGAGGACAGACGCCAUGAGACUCGAUCCAGGAUAAAAAUAAAUCACUGACGACAAGUGUGAACGAAGGGGGCGCCAUUAAACAAUGACUUCCGCGGAUCUUUAUGUGCAGACGUUUCUCAAGGAGUCGGAAAUCGGCCAAGUUUACGUGAAGGGGGCGAGAAUAUGGGUACCAGAUGCGGAGAAUGUCUGGUUAGGGGCAGAGCUGCUGGAAAACUACACAGGACAAAAAAAGAUAAAGAUACAAUUAGAAGAUAAUGGAGAGGAGAGAGAAUUUGAAAUCAAAGAUAAAAAAAGACUGCCUCACCUUAGGAAUCCUGAGAUUCUGAUUGGAGAAAAUGAUUUGACAUCACUCAGCUACCUCAACGAACCAGAGGUUCUGUACAACUUAAAGGUGCGGUUUUUGGAGAGUAACUGUAUCUACACAUACUGUGGCAUCGUGUUAGUGGCUAUCAACCCGUAUGAACAGUUACCUAUCUAUGGCAAUGAGCUCAUACAGAUGUACAGCGGUCAGGAUAUGGGGACAAUGGACCCCCACAUCUUUGCCGUGGCAGAGGAGGCAUUCAAACUCAUGUCCCGAUUUGAUAAGAACCAGUCAAUUAUUGUGUCUGGAGAAUCGGGAGCUGGGAAGACAGUGUCAGCGAAGUACGCCAUGCGAUAUUUCGCGAUGGUCGGAGGAUCACAAAAAGAAACUCAGGUGGAACAAAAAGUCCUGGCAUCCAACCCAAUCAUGGAGGCCAUUGGUAAUGCUAAAACAACAAGAAACGACAACAGCAGUAGGUUUGGGAAAUACAUAGAAAUCUCCUUCAACAAAAACAACGAAAUCAUUGGCGCCCACAUGAGAACCUACCUACUGGAGAAAUCCAGGGUGGUGUAUCAAGCUGCAGAAGAAAGAAACUACCACAUUUUCUAUCAACUUUGUGCUUCCAAAGAUCUACCAGAAUUUAAGAAGUAUUGUCUGUUGUCCCCUGAUGAUUUUUACUACACGAGUCACGGUCAGGCUCCAGAGAUAGACGGCGUGGACGACGGGGAGGACCUAGUGUCUGUCAGAGAGGCCUUCACAAUGCUGGGAAUCUCGGAGAAGGACCAGAUGAUGAUCUUCCAGAUUCAGUCGGCUGUCCUACAUUUUGGUAACGUUAAAAUACGGGAGGCUGACGGAGAAUCGUCUGAAAUAAAGAAGGACGACAAACAUUUAACCAUUAUGUGUAAACUGCUGGGCAUCGAGGAAUCUCAGAUGAGGAUGUGGUUAUGUAACAAAAAAAUUGUUACCGUCGGCGAGGUGUUAACAAAACCGUUAACAUUAACGCAGGCAUCCUUUGCACAAGAUGCUCUGGCCAAACACAUCUACGCACAAAUAUUUGAUUGGAUUGUGGAGAAGAUAAACAAGGCUCUACAGAGUGGAGCAAAAUCUACAAAGUUUAUAGGAGUCUUAGAUAUCUACGGGUUUGAAACUUUUGAAAUUAACAGUUUUGAACAGUUUUGUAUCAACUAUGCUAAUGAGAAGUUACAACAGAUAUUUAAUAUGCACGUAUUUAAACUAGAACAAGAGGAGUAUGUGAGAGAGGCCAUUGAGUGGUCGUUUAUUGAUUUCUAUGACAACCAGCCUUGUAUUGACCUGAUUGAAAGUAAACUAGGAAUUCUGGAUCUCCUGGACGAAGAGUGUAAAAUGCCUAAGGGUUCGGAUGAGAACUGGUGUCAGAAGCUGUAUGAUAAACACCUGGGGAAGGCCAAACACUUUGAGAAACCUCGGAUGUCACGGUCAGCGUUCAUCAUUAACCACUUCGCAGACCGUGUCGAAUAUCAGGCCGACGGAUUCCUGGAGAAAAACCGGGACACGGUACUGGAGGAAAACAUCAAUAUACUCCGGGCCAGCGAGUUUGAGCUUGUAGCUGAGUUGUUUGAAGAGAAGGUUGAUCCUAAUGAGAAGAAAUCCCGAGCGGGCUCGGCGACAACUCAUCCCCUCAGGCAAGCCCCAAAGGGGGGGCGGGGCUCAAACAAAAAGACAGUGGGAUCACAGCAAGUACAGAAAGCGACAGUGGGAGAUCAGUUCCGAGAAUCACUACACAAACUGAUGGAGACAUUAAACGCCACGACACCCCACUACAUCCGGUGUAUCAAACCCAACGACACAAAGGAAGCAUUCAUAUUUGAACCAAAGCGAGCCGUGGAACAACUGAGAGCUUGCGGUGUGUUAGAAACCAUUAGAAUCAGUGCCGCGGGUUAUCCCUCCAGAUGGACCUAUCCGGAGUUUUUCCAGAGAUACCGCGUCCUGGCCGGCUCUAAGGACAUCAACAGGAGUGACCAGAGGAAGACCUGUGAAAAUGUACUCACCAAAGUCAUACAGGGUAACGUCAAGAAGACACCUAGAGGUCUGGAGGAUCCAGACAAGUACCGAUUUGGAAAAACCAAGAUUUUUUUCCGCGCAGGUCAGGUGGCUUACCUGGAGAAGUUACGCUCUGAUAAACUGAAGGCCUGCGGAAUCAUGAUCCAGAAACACGUCAAGGGCUGGUUGGCACGGCGACGCUAUCAACGAAUCAUCAAGUCCAUCACCCUGUUACAGAAAUACGGGCGAGGCCUGCUGGCCAGGAGACAUGCCAAAUUUCUACGGGAAACAUUUGCUGCCACUCGUAUUCAAAAGCACUGGAAGGGUUACAAAGCAAGGUCACAUUACAUCAAAGUCAGGAAAGCUACCGUUAUUAUACAAUCAGCCAUUAGAGGAUUCUUUGGACGUAUCCUGUUUAAGAAGGAGUUACAUGAGCAUCGCGCGAUCACGAUUCAGAAACUCGUACGAUCUUGGCUGGCCAGGAAAAGAUACAAGAGAGUGAUGCGGGGGAUCGUGUUACUCCAGAGUCACUUCCGACGACGACGGGCCAAGAAGGAGCUUAAACAACUCAAGAUUGAAGCUAAGUCAGUGGAACACAUUAAGAAUGUUAACAAGGGUCUGGAGAACAAGAUCAUACAGCUACAACAGAAACUGGACGCCAAGAAUAAGGAGGGUAUGACAAUAAAGGAACAAGAAGUGUACAUCAAACAACUGAAAACAGAGAUGGAGAAACUGAGGUCCUCGAGUGAGGAGGCUAAGAAAUCCUCAAACAAGAUCACGGACCUGAUACAACAGAUCAAGGACCUACAAGAGGAGCUGAGUAAAGAGAGGGAGGAGAAACAGGUCCUCAUCAGCGAGAAGGAGGAGCUAGUGAAGGAACACACACAGGUGUUGAGUAAGAUGGCGGAGGAGAAAUGUAAACUAAAGGAAGAGCUAGAGGAGGCCAACCUUAAACUACAGCAACAGGAAACCAGCACUGACGAUGUGCUGAAGAGGAAACUGGAGGAGGCCACACAACAGCUCCAGGCUGAGUUUGACUCCGAGCGUGGCCACCACCAGCGACUCGUUAAGGAGCACGCCCGACUCCAGCAGAGGUUCGAGAAUCUUCAGUCGGAGAUGCAGAUGGUGACGUCGCCGCACGGCCACAAACGGACGCCAUCGGACAUCAGCGCCAUCAGUCUGGAGUCGUACACCAGCUCCGCGUCGCCGGACGAAGUCAAGUAUGAAGAGGAGGGACCAGAGGACAAGGACCAAGGUUAUGGAACAAAGAAGAAGAAGAAAGCACCGGCUCCUCCAGUACCCACAGCAAGCGCCAUGGAGAAAGAAAUGAAGGAUGUUGAUGUAGGUUUGAUUCUGCGACUACAGAACAAGAUGAAGGAGAUCGAGCAGCAGAAGACAAAGCUGGAAGAGAGACUGAGACAGUAUGAGGAUGAGGGUCAUCCACAGACAGGCAACUCGGACGCCGUCAUCUCAAACUCAGCAUUCGAUGCUCUUAAGCAACAGCUUGUUAACGCUGACGACGUCCAGCUCGUGAUCAAGCUACAGAAACGAGUGGCCGAGCUUGAGAUGACAAAAUCCAAGCUCGCUGACGAGCUUGACGAGAGAGAUGAUGAAGAUGAAGAAAAAUCGGGAUUUAAAAUCACCACACCCGAGUAUGCUUAUAAUAACUUAAAGAGAAUGAAUGGACAUGUUGACAAGGAGCCUCCGUAUGAUAAUAAAGAGGAGAUGCAGGAGCUGCAGAAUGAGAAUGACAAACUAAAGAGAGAGGUGAACAAGUUAAUGAAGUCCAUAUCUGAGAAUGUCAGCUUCGAGAAGGGAGGGACCAAUUCCCCCGCCGGCAAAGAGUUUAUGGAUGCUAAGAAAAUAGAGGAUCAAGUGAAAGUAUUUAGAGAUCAGUUUACAGCGAUGGCUGAUGAGUUAGACCGGCGGCGCGAGGAGUGUUUACAGUUACGGGCGAUGUUAGCGGAGAAAAGCAUCACGACGCACGCCAUCGCCAAGGAGUCGUACGGAGGAAACGACGACCUAGUUAAUGAAGACAACGAACUAGCACUGGCUUACAGAACUCAGAAAGAACUCAACAGGUUACUGGAGAACCAGCUACAGAAGACAGAGAAGGACAUAAAGAAGAAGGAGGAGAAACUGAAACGGGAGAUAAAGGAACUGAAGACUGAGAAUGAGGCCGCACAGAAAAUAAUCAACCAGUUCAACAGCAUUACACGCAAUCUUCAGUUGGGUCCUGAGGCCAAGAUUGAAGCCACGAUGCAGCACGAGAUUACUAGACUUACAUCAGAAAAUCUUGACUUGAGAGAAAAGGCUGACAAACAGGCAGACCAGAUCCGCAAAAUGAAAAAAAUGCUGAAGGUGUAUGCCAAAAAACUCAAGGAUGGGGAUGUGGCUGAGAUUGAAGCAGAACUUGAGAAAGACGACAAACAGAAGAAGACAGAAGACAACGUGGCAACAGUCAAACACCUGGACAGGACGUACAUGGGAAUGUUAGAAUAUAAAAAGGAGGACGAAGGACGACUCAUCAAAUGUCUCAUCAUGGAUUUGAAGCCUAAGGUGGCACAGGGCCUGUUACCUGGUCUACCAGCGUACAUUCUUUUUAUGUGUGUACGACACACGGAUUACAUCAACGAUGACGAGAAAGUCCGCACCCUACUGACAAACACAAUCAACGGCAUCAAAAAGUGUGUCAAGAAACACAACAAAGAAUUGGAGAGAGUGAUUCUGUGGUUGGCGAACACAUGUCGACUUCUACACACCCUAAAGCAGUACAGUGGGGAAAAGACAUUCCAGUCAGAGAACACGUCGCGGCAGAACGAGCACUGUCUACGUAACUUUGAUCUGUCAGAGUACAGACAGGUGUUCAGCGACCUAGCAGUGUGGAUCUUCCAGACAAUGAUCAAAUACAUGGAGGAAGUCAUACAACCCAUGGUCGUGCCUGCGGUGCUGGAACACGAGGCAAUCGCGGGACUGUCAGCCAGUAAACCCUCGGGUAUGAGAGGGCGAAGCAGCAGUACUCAGGACGAAGACGUGAGGGAACUGUCUCUGGACACUCUGAUGAAAUCUUUGAACAAAUAUAACCAAGUACUGUCUCAGCAUGCAGUGGACCCGGAACUAGUCAAACAGGUCUUCAGACAGUUGUACUACUACAUUGGCUCCAAUGCCCUGAAUAACCUGCUACUCAGAAAGGACAUGUGUAACUGGUCCAAAGGCAUGCAGAUCAGGUAUAACCUGAGUCAUCUGGAGCAGUGGCUGCGAGAUAACAAACUUAAUGAGUCCGGGGCUCAGUCCACACUCGAGCCCAUCACUCAGGCAUCUCAACUCCUACAGGCUCGCAAGUCCGAGGCAGAUGUAGACAGUAUAUGUGAGAUGUGCUCAAAACUCACUACAGCGCAGAUUGUUAAGAUCCUGAACCUCUACACACCAGUGGAUGAAUUCGAGGAGCGAGUUCCGAUCAGCUUCAUCCGUAAAAUCCAGGAGAGAUUAAAAUCCACAAAGAAAGAGGAAGACAAUACAUUACUGAUUGACACUAAGUAUUCGUUCCCCGUAACGUUCCCCUUCAACCCCUCAAGCCUCACUCUGGACUCGAUAGACGUCCCCGAGGCCCUCCAUCUAGACUUCCUCACACGUGUUUAAUGUCUACAAGUCAUAGGAGUUAUUUAUAGUUCUGAUUGGUCAGAUUUAUUUCUAUUUAUGUCUCUGAUUGGUCAGAUUUAUGUCUAUUAUUUCUGAUUGGUCAGGUUCAUUAUUAUUGAAUGUUUUUGAUUGGUCGCUUAUUUAUCUUAAAAUGUGUGAUAGCCAAUAGAUUUUUUUGUUAAUAUAUAAUUUUGUGCUUUUUUUAUUGGUCUGUUUAUAGAUUUUCACUUUCUGUGAUUUGCCUUAUAUAUUCUUCUACAUAUCCUCUUAGUGAAGGUCAAAGCCUCUUUUUCAUCUGAGUUCAUGUGGUCAUGACCGUUCUGUGAAUUAUUGUCCCUUUAUCAUGUCCGAGUUCACAUACUAUGAUAAAAAUAAUUCUGUGACGUGUAGAGUUUAUUUCUCCAAACUUACUUUUAUGUGAAAUAUAAUUCUUUUUGCAAAUCCUUCAGCUAAAAUACUAAAUAUGUUAUGUUGAUGUAAAUUUAACUUCAAACUGCAAAGGGCAUACUAAUAUACAUGUAAUAAUUUAUUACACAUCAUCAAACAAUUAAGGAGCAUAUCUUAACAGCACAAGUUCUUACAGAGGUCGACCACAAAUUCUUAAAAAACUAAGUUACACAAGAUAUAUAUGAUUGUGAUAGAUUUCAGCUAAUAUUUUGGUGCUUUUUCACUUUGUAGUUUUUUUUUCAUUUAUAUUUUAGUCUUUUGUCAUUUGCAUUCUGUUCUAGGCAUUCAUGUAUCAAUGACUUAUUGUACUAAUCAGGUUUACAACGUUUGUGACAAAUUGUGAUAAAAUCUUCAUCUGUGAAACUUUUUUUUUUAAUGAAUGACAUUGAAAUUGUUUGUGUGUAAGUUAGAUAGCUCUGACAAAAUCAUCCCUCCUUAUUUUAAACCAGCAUCCUUAAUAAAAAUUGAAAUAUGCUUA